AUGUUAGAAGGCGAGGACAAUCGGCGACUGGUGUUCGACAAUGGGACCGGAAUUAUUAAGGCUGGAUUUGCCGGAGAUAAUGAUCCACUAGCUGUGUUUCCUAACGUUGUGGGUCAUCCUCCUCCUCACACGCAUUAUUGGAAAGACUUUUUUAUCGGUGACGAAGCUUUGACAAAUAGAGUUAAUUUAAAUUUAAAUUUAAAUUACCCAAUUGAGCAUGGUAUUGUGAGCAAUUGGGACGAUAUGGAGAAAGUAUGGCAUCAAACAUUCAAAGAGCUUCGUGUUUCCCCGGAAGAUCAUCCCAUUCUUCUUACUGAAGUACCUCUUAACCCUGAGGUUAAUCGUGAAAAGAUGACCCAAAUUAUGUUUGAGACAUUUAACACCCCUUCCAUGUACGUCGCCAAUCAGGCCGUACUUUCUCUCUAUGAAACUUGUUGUCUCACUGGUAUUGUGUUGGAUUCGGGUGAAGGUGAGACCCACGUAGUCCCUGUAUACAAAGGACAAGUCCUUCCACACGCAACCAUUCGUCUUGAUUUGGCUGGUCGAGACCUGACAGAUCACUUGAUGAAAAUCCUGACAGAAGGCGGUUAUCCAUUUACUAGGGAAAUUGCGAGGGAUGUGAAGGAGAAGUUGACUUACAUAGCUCUGGAUUAUGAAAAGGAGAUUGAGACUUCAAGAACUAGUUCUUCAUUAGUUGAGAAAUCAUACGAGCUUCCUGACGGGCAAGUGAUCACCAUUGGUGCUGAGAGGUUUCGAUGCCCUGAGGUACUUUUCCAGCCAUCAAUGAUUAGAAUGGAAGCUGCUGCCGGAAUACACGAGAUAAUUUACAACUCCAUCAUGAACUGUGACGUGAAUAUCAGGAAAGAUCUUUAUGGACACAUUGUGCUUAAUGGUGGUUCAACUAUGUUCUCUGGUAUUGUAGAGAGAAUGAAAAAAGAGAUCACCGCCCUUGCACCUAGUGGCACGAAGAUAAAUGUGGUUGCACAUCCCUGGAGGAAAUAUAGUGUCUGGAUGGGUGGAUCUAUCUUUGCAUCUCUAAGCACUUUCAAGCAGAGGUUGAUUGAAAGGGCAGAGUACGAUGAAUUUGGACCUUCGAUUGUUCACAAAAAGUGUUGCUCAGCUGAGGAAGUCCAUCACACUUAA